AUGAACUAUGACGAGGUAGUCGACCUCCCGGCACCGCAUGCCCGGGUGGCUGCACGUCGCGCUCGGUUAAAAGAGGAAGUCAAGAAAGACUUCGCAGCGCCGACAACAGCUUCAACCGCCGGCAAUUCAUCGCCGACAACGGUGGCUGCUGCCACACCAGGAAGCCCGACGGGGACUGCGCUCGACUUGGGGAGCGUGCCGCUUGCGCGGCCAGCAAUUCCGAGAGCAAGUGCUGUGAUACGAAGCGACUCUGCCGAUGACGAGUCGGCUGCACGCAUUGUCAUGGCGAUCGAUUACGGCACAACCUUUACGGGUGUUGCGUAUGCCCAGUCCGUCGGUCGUCCGAUCGACCUCAACGACAUCCAUGUCGUCCAGAACUGGCCCGGUGCCUCCGAGGUCAAGGUGCCUUCGCAGAUCUCCUAUUCCAACUCCAAGAACCGUCUGUUGCAAUAUGGCUACAGCAUCGACGACGAUUCCGAGGUCUUAUCGAAAACGAAGCUGGAACUGCAGGAGAGCCGUGACCGUGGCCGAGAGCUCACCACCUUUACGCAGACCUUGCACGGCCUGGCGUCUCUGCGACUCAACGACGCCAAUGCGAUUGCUGGUCGCAUCCCUCGCCAUCUGGCCAAGACCGCCGAGGAUAUUGUGCAGGACUACCUCGAGCGCAUCGCCGACGUCACGUACGACGACAUGAUCAACACCCUGGGCCGCGCCGUGCCCGAACAGAUCCCCAUCGACCUUGUCAUCACACACCCUGCUAAGUGGUCCGAAGAGGCCCUCAACAAGACCUACCGUGCCGCCAUUUCUUCGUUUGGGGACCGCUUUCCGACGAUCCGCAAUGUGUCGUUUGUGUCUGAGCCAGAGGCCUGCGCGCAUUACACGCUGCGAGCCGCACAGAAGAUGGACCAUGCGCGCUUCCGGAAAGGCGACUGCUUCAUCGUAGUCGACGCUGGUGGUGGUACAGUCGAUCUGGCAUCUUUCCAAAUCACCGACAUUGACUUUGCCAAGAACAAAUUCAUGAUGAAGCCCGUUGGCCAUAUUUCUGGCUUUGCUUGUGGCUCGACGUAUGUUGAUGAGGGCUUCAUUAAGACCCUCAAGCGACGUCUCGAUCCUGCCGACAGCGAGAAGAUUGUCGGUACCGGCAUGUACGGCGAUGGUGGCCACUUUGUCUGGACAAAGGACGGCAUGGAAGUGUUCAAGGCUUUCCUGCCCGUCAAGCACGGUUUCACGGGCACCGACACAAACUUGGCUGAGGCUGUUCCACUACCCCGUGGCAUGAAUAUCCAGGAUCGCGCCGACCGCGGAAUCCAUGACGGCAAUUUGGAGCUGACGGCCGACGAUAUUCGCGAAAUGUUUAGCUUCUCAGUCGACAAGACGCUGGCUCUGAUUGGUGCCCAGAUCAGCUCGCUCGACAACGCCACUCCUCGGCGUAAGGUGAAGAGCAUUUUCUUGUCUGGCGGUUUUGCGAGAAGCGAGUACCUCUUCUCCCGUGUUGCCGACUUUGCUGGGCAGCAGGGCAUCAAUGUCGAGAAGGGCCUGGACUGCUGGUGUGCCGUGUCCAAGGGUGCCGUCAUGAAAGGCUUGGGCCUCCUCACAGAGAAGCCAACAAACAUCACCCGCAGUCCCUGCUACUAUGGCGUCAAGACACGCCAGCUCUACUCGGGCUGGCGCAACACGGGCGACAACUUCGAGAUCGACUCGCUCGGCGUUAAAUGGGCCACCGACCAGGUCAAGUGGUUCGUUCGCAAGGAUGACGCUAUCCAGCCUGGCAAGGACCGUGUCACCACCUACAACUGUCACUGGUUGUUGCGGCCAAGUGACUUUGCACUAGCCACGUCGUCCUUUUCGUUUUCAUCCCGCAAACGCAACAGUGCCGCCCACAGCAGCAGCGCUGCCGAGACCAAGGUCUAUCGAGAUAUUGUGUUUGUGGCAUCGCACGAGUCCGACGCCCCGAGACGCUUCAAGGAGCUCAACAUGGAUGAGGCCAAGAUCGUCAUCUUGCAUUGCAACAUGAACAAGGUGCCGGCGUCAAAUCAGGUCGAGUAUGGCGACAAGAACGACCGGUACAUGAAGUACAGUGUGCAGGUCGAAGUGUGCGUCAGCACGACCGAAGCCAAGGUGACCGUCACCAGCGGCGGCGUUGUCGUGGCUGGUCCGGAGACGCUGCCGCUCAAGACGGACCUAAAGAAGCUGUGA